AUGACUGUCUUCCCGUGCACAUGUUAUAUUUACGUAGGCCAAUCAAGCAGCCAAAAAGGCUCAGCGUGCCAGCUCCUCACUCGCUACGCGUCUUCAGCAGUGGAUCGUGCCUCUGAACGUGGUGUACCUGCUCUUUCGGAUCCUGUGGCACCACCAAUCCGUGACUACGUGGACAUUGGCGGGUUACGUUUUUCUGACAUUAUCCACCUAUCUCAGUUACGCGUGGGCGGUUAG